CUCGGCACGACUCGCCCUGUCCCUGGUUUCGGAAGGAGACACAUCCGUCCGGGCACACGAUGCGACUGCACGCCAUCCAUCCUUUCCCACUGGGGGAGGGAAAAUGAGCGCGUGCAGGAGAGUCAGGGUAUCCACAUGCGCGCUCCCUGGCCUGCCUUCUUAAUAAGAUGGCGAUCCGCCGUUGACCUGGUUUUUGCCAUUCUCUGGACGAGCUGAGUCGAUAAGGCGUCUGCUGCAAUGGCCUCGUUUCUCCGCACGCUCGCAAGGCGGGCGGGAAAGAAGGAUACAGCGGAUUCGUCGCAGGUACAAGACGAUCCACGGUCGAGCGCAGGCGGCGAUGGAGUCGUCGCUGUGGAACAUUAUGCCGUGGCCAAGGAUGACGAGAAGGGUGGUCAGCUGCGGUCAGAGAAGGAUGGGGCGACUCCCGAAGUGAUAGCAGACGAUGCUGCACCAACGACGCAGAACGAAGGCGACGCUGCACCCGCUGCACAGGAGGAAGACGAAUCGAAAUACCUCAGCGGCACUAAACUUGCUCUCUUGACUUUUGGCCUUGCGACGAGCACGUUCGUCGUCGCUUUAGACAAUACCAUCAUAGCCACUGCCAUCCCCCGAAUCACCACCGACUUCCACGCCCUCAAUGAUGUCGGCUGGUACGGGAGUGCGUAUCUCCUGACCACCACAAGCUUGCAGCCGUCCUUCGGCAAAAUCUACACCUACUUUGACGUGAAAUGGGUCUACUUGAGCGCCUUGCUGAUUUUCGAGCUUGGCUCCAUACUCUGUGCGUCAGCGACUGGCUCGACCAUGCUCAUUGUCGGCCGUGCCGUCGCUGGAUCGGGAGCAGCUGGUCUCUUCUCUGGCGGCAUGACGAUUAUUGGCUACAGUGUGGUGCUUCGCAAAAGAGCAAUCUACCUUGCUGCCUUGUCUUCUAUGUUUGGCAUUGCGUCUGUUGUAGGCCCGAUAUUGGGUGGUGUUCUUACUGACCAAGCGUCAUGGCGAUGGUGCUUCUGGAUCAACCUACCCUUUGGCGGCGUCGCCCUCGUUACGGUCUUCUUCGUCUUCACCAAUCCCCCCAGACGAUACACAGACAUGACGGUCCGAGACAAGCUGAAGCAGAUCGACUUUCUCGGAGCCUUCUUCCUCAUCUGCGCCAUCGUGUGUCUCCUACUCGCACUCCAAUGGGGCGGGUCCGAGUAUCCUUGGUCGGACAGCCGGGUUUGGGGGUGUCUUUUGGGCUUCGGGCUCAUCAUCUCCUGUUUCAUCGGCAUUCAGGUGUGGCGGAAGGAUGGCGCGACGAUGCCGCCGCGAAUCUUGCGGCAGAGGACGGUUGGCGCUUGUGCGCUUUUUUCCGCCUUCCUCGCCAUGGCCAUCUACACGCACAUUUACUACCUCCCCUUCUACUUCCAAGGUGUCAAGGGCGUAUCCGCCGAGUCUUCGGGAAUCCGUUGCAUCCCCUACCUGGUUAGCAUCACCAUCGCCUCGAUUACCGUUGGCGCCCUCAUCACCAUCUUCGGCCCUUACAACCCGCCGAUGUGGUUCGGGGCGAUCAUCUUCACCAUCGGCUGUGGCCUCAUCUCCACGCUGCAAGUCAACUCGAGCGAAGGCCACUGGAUCGGGUAUCAGAUCCUCGCGGGCGCAGGCGCCGGCGCGUGCGUGCAGAUUCCCUUCAUCGCGGUGCAGGUGGUGCUAGACGAGAAAGACAUGCCGAUCGGCAACGCGGUGGCCAUCUUCUUCAACACGCUCGGCGGCGCGAUCAGCAUUUCCAUUGCGCAGAACAUCUUCUCCAACACGCUGCUCAAGCAGCUGCCGCGAGACGCCCCCGGGGUGAAUCCUUUGAAGGUGGUGAAUGCGGGGGCGACGCAUAUUCGUGAGGUGGUGGCGAAGGCGCAGCUACCCGGGGUUUUGACGGCUUUUGACAAGGCGAUUACGACGGCGUUUAUUUUGCCUAUUGCUGUUGCGGGGCUCGCGUUCUUGUCGAGUAUGUUGAUGGAGUGGCGGAGUGUCAAGGGGAAGAAGAUAGGGGUGCCGGGGGGUGCGUAG